AUGGCCCACUCAAAACGCAACACCUCCCUCCCCCACUUCACCGCCUACGAGCGCGGCCUCCUUCGCACAGCCUGGGGCACGCAGCGCGGCGUAAUCGGCCGCGACUCCUUCCUCCCCUUUGGCUCCUGCAGACUAUGCCUACACCCGGCCCGCUCGCCAACCGUCGCCUGCGCGGAAAACGGCGACCUGCUCUGCCGCGAGUGCGCGAUCAACGACCUCCUCGCGCAGCGCCAGGAGAUCAAGCGAUUGGAGAAGGAGAGGGAUAAUGCGAGGAAGAGGAUUGCCGAGGAGGAGGAACGGAGUGUGGAGGAGAGGAGGGAGCGAGAUAUUAGGGAGUUCGAGCUUGUGAGCAUGGGCCUUGAGGCAGCGGUUGGUAGCUCCGGGGACGGGAAGAGGAAGCGCGGAAGGGACGAGGAGGAGGCGCUGGCGAGGUUUAAGAGGAGGGAGGUUGAUGUUGGUGGUGGGGUUGUGAAGAAGGCCGGGGAGUUGGGAGAGGGGGAGAUGAGGGAUUAUGUGAGGAGGGAGCAGGAGAGAUUGAGGGAGGAGGUGAAGAGGGAGAAGUCGGCAUCGAAUAAAUCGGCUCUUCCGUCGUUCUGGGUACCUUCGUUGACACCGGGAACCGAUCCAAACGAGAUCGCGGCCAACAAGGUUGUGAAGCUUAACCCUGUUUGUCCGGGGUCUACAGAGGGGAGCCAGCAUAGCUAUUCGCUCAAAUCGCUGGUCGAAGUUCAUUUCACCGAGGAGGCGGGCGCUGAUGGGUCCAGGGUGCGGGUGUGUCCGAGCUGUAAAAAGACGUUGACGAAUACGGCCAAGGUGAUGCUUACAAAACCUUGCGGCCAUGUCAUUUGCAAGCCCUGCGUGGAUAAGUUUAUGAGACCGCAUGAUGCGCCAGAUCCCCAUGCGACGAAGGAAGAGCAGGAGAGGACGGCAGAGCUUCAUGGCCGAAUUCUAUGCUAUGUAUGCGAAACAGAUCUUACAUCGCGCGACUCAAAGAGCGAGGAUAAAGACGCCGCAGGUGAAAAGAAGAAGAAGAAAAAGAAGGACAAGGAAGGGAUCCAACCUGGAUUGGUGGAGAUAUCCUCCGAGGGAACAGGGUUCGCAGGCCGUGGAGGAAAUAUCGCGACGAAGGCGGGCGUCGCGUUCCAAUGCUGA